UGGCUUUGCAAGAAGCCGAGAGUGCGGUUUAAUCAGAUGUUGUUUUGAGUUGUGAUAUAAUUAGACAUUUGUUGUGUUUCAGUUUCAGCUGGAGCUAGGACUUGUAGAGUGAUUCUGAUUUUGAACGUGGUUUUCGGAAGUUUUGAGGAUAAAGUACUGAGCAAUGGACUACCCUAUACAAGAAAGUGGCCUGUACAAUCAUUUUCCAAACAUUGUGGGAAUAAUUUUCAAUAACUGGACUGCCAUAAAGCUUGCUGUGGAACAUGGGAUGGCUGGUCCUCCAGCAAUCACUCAACAAAAGCUUAUUGCUACGGUUGAAGCUGCAUCUCAACUUCUGUCCUCAGGUAAAGCGGACUGGUGCAAUUUGUCCGAUUUGCUAACUGAUAUAAUGGACUCAGAGUUCUCCACUGUGCUCGAAGACGACUCUAGCGAUGAAGUCGCAUCACACCUCUGUGAACUGUACCAGAUGUUCUCCUCUGGAGAUGUACAGAGCUUGAUGUUGGCCCUGGAGUCACUGCCUUGUAAGACACCGAUACAUCUCGGCCCACCUCCCGUGCAGCGGCCCUCGCCUCCUCCUCAGGAAAGCAGUCCAGAGGAAGAAGAGAGGGAAACUCCCCAAGAAGAUGGCUGGACGUUAGUGAAGAGAAAGUAGUGUUAGCGUGUAUAUAUAUAUAAAAAAACUUUAAUAACAAGUUAUUUUAUUGUUAUUUUGGUAAGUGAUUGUUGAAAUGCGAAACAAAAGUUUACACAAUGUAUCAUGUUAUUUGAUACAAUCAUGUUAAUUUAAUGAUGUUAUUAAUUUAUGGCUGUCCCUUUAGGUUAUUCAGUUGUUUUUUUUUUUUUCAAAUUAUUUCGUAGUAAUCUUUUGUUUGAUUUCAAGAUGUGUAUUUCUAAUGUUUAGCAAAACUUGAGGAGUUAGAGACAUUAACAGAGUUUAAGGUGAUACAACCACUAAAAUACCAUUGAUUCUGUGUAAUUGAGAAAAGAUAUCGAUUUUUUUAUCAUAUAGUAUAUUAGUAAAAAGACGUACAGUAAAUCGUUAAGCAACUGUUACUGUUUUAAAAUAUAUGUAAAUUACAUACAUGUAAGUGAAAAUCUUAGCAUAGUAGUUUGAUACAUGUAGUUUUAAUUUUAAUAAAUGAAUAUUAAUUGCUUCAUAUUCUAUUUAUUAACUAAAAAAUAUUUUUAAAGUUGGCGAUAUGAAUCGAAUCAGAUAAUGAUCAGUUCAGUAAAUGUAGAAAAUUGUGGUGUCUUAUUGAAGAGUCUCUUCACUACAUGUAGUAUAAACAAAAUUGACACAAAAUAAUGUUCCGUAGUUGAACAUUAGUAAAGAGGUAACCGAUCUUAAAUUAGACAUUAAUUUUGUCUCUUGUAUUUUUAUCAAUAGUUAUACAACCAUUUAAAAACAAAUACUGAAAUAUUUUAAUACAUUUUGUGUGAGUGUGUAAAUUACGAUUUUAAAAUGUCUCUUGCUCCUGAAAAAUAAGUGUUCUGUAAGAAUUGUCUAACUUAAUUUUGUUUUUGUAAUUUUUAUUUUAUGAAUUCUCAAUCACUUGCAUGUAUACAAUUGACAAUUUUUGCCACUAUUUGGCUGUGUAUUAAAAGAAACCCCUCUUCUA